AUGAUAAGUAAAUUGUCACAUCAUUAUUCAAGUUUAACAAUUACUGAAGAUCAAAUUUCGAAUAUCUCACUCUGAAGUCAUCCUUUCGUUUAUUUAUAAUAUAAUCUACAUAACUUUAUUUGGAACUUCAUCUAUUUGGUAAGCAUAUUAUAUUAUGAACAUAUUCCAAAAAUCUAAUUACUAUUUUCUUGCUUCUUUUCCCAUAAUAAUUUACUAAUUAGUACUAGAAGUAAUUGAAUAUGAUUAAAUUGUGCCAAAAACAUUUGGAUUUUAGAUUUCAUCUGCUUCUAUGAUCUUAAUAUAUUAGUUCUAUUGUUUUGUCAAAGAAAAUGAUAUUGCCUCAGUUGCAGAAUCAGUCAUAAUGAAAUAAUUGUUGAAAAAUAGCUAUAUAAAAGUAUUCAAUAGAAAUUUAGAAGAUUUAACACCAAAUGUAUUAUUGAGAAAUGUAAAACCAUCUUCUGGAUAAAUCAUUUUUACUACUAGAAAUAAGUCAGACAACUUUGAAUUAAUACCAAAUUCUUUAAAUAAAGAGCUAAAAAUUAAAAGUUUUAUAAAUAGCGACAUGCAUUUAGAAGAAUCUGAAGAUUCGGUUAUUGACAGUCCUAAUAAAUAUCAGAGUUAUAAAGAUUUGAAGGAAUUUAUAAAUAGUUUUGUUUAGAAUAAAUAAACUUAAAAUCAAGAUAAUUUAAUCAUUGCUUCUGAAAUCAAUAUGGAUUCUGGUAAAAAGUAAAAAUUUAAGGUAAUUAUCAAUACUGAAAUUGAUAAAUACUAUAUUAUAGCAUUUAUUAAAAUAGAUUCUGCAAUUGUUAAGAAAUAACAUAAUUCAAUAGCAAAAUUCAAAACAAGAUUAGCUAAUAAUUUUACUCAUAAAUUAAAAACAUCACUUAAUGCAACAUUAGCAUAUUUAUCAAAUGCUAUAAAUGAUAGAAAUAUAGAAAAAACGGUAUUACAAUCUUACAUACAUCCAUCAUAUAUACAUUCAAAAAUAUAAUUAUAUUAAGUUUAGGAUUUACUUGAUUAUCUUAAUACAGAAUAAGAUCAAAUAGGAUUGUAAAUAACUAAAUUUAAUCUUUAAUAAUCUUUAAGUUAAAUAUAUGAAUUUAUUGAAUAUUAAUGUAAAGUUAAAAAUAUUACAGUUAAAUUUAUGAUAAAUGGAUCUGAUUGGAAAUCACAUGAAAGGUAAAAUAUUAAUAUUAUAAUAUAAGCUAAUUUUAUAUUUAUUCUGAUUGCCAAAAAUUUGAAAGGGUUUUAUUUAAUUUAAUCAAUAAUUCUUAUAGAUAUGCACCUUUAAAUGGAGAAUUAACUAUAGAUUUAGUGUAUGAUUGUGCAAAAAAUAAAUUAUGGGUUAAAAUAAAUGAUAAUGGAGAUGGAAUACCAGAAGAUUAAUUAAAUAUUAUUAAUACUCAAGCAUAAUUACAAAAUAAAUAUAACAUUACUAAUAAAUAUGUAUCUUCUAAAAAUAAAUCUAAAUUUGGAUUGACUUUACAAAUUACAAAUAGAUUGAUAUAUAUGUUGAGUGAUUAAAAUUGUUCAUUGUAAGUCAAAAAUUAAAAAUAAUUAGGAGGUUGUAGUUUUGAAUUCUUUAUUAUUAUUAAUUCUACAUCUAAAGAAGGAUCAUUGGAAUAGAUUAAAUACUCAAAUUAUAUUAAAUAAUCCAGAUAAUCAUCAAUUAAAUUACAAAAUCAUAUAAAUCGAUCAUCUAAUUCUUCUUCUUAAAGAUCAAUAUUUUCUAAAAAUUAAUAAGAUGAAUGUAUAGAACCUAUAGAAGAAGAACCAAAACCUGUAAAACCUAGAUUAUCUAAGACAUAUUAAUAUCAUGAAAGUAAAUAAUAAAUCAAUCCAGUAAAAAGGCCUACUUUAUCUGGAAUAAGAGAUUUAUAAUUAUCAAAUAUAAUAGAUUAAGUAAAUUAAACUGGAAUGACAUUUAAUUAAGAUAAUCGUUAUAUUUUAAUAGUAGAUGAUGAACCAUUUAAUCAUAAUACUUUAACACUGAUGCUUGAAAAAUUAGGUCAUAAAUAAUUCCUAUAUUCUUUCAAUGGAUAGGAAUGUAUUGAUAAGGUUUAGUAAAAUUCUUUAUGUAUUAAAACAAUAUUUAUGGAUUUAGAUAUGCCAAUUAUGGGAGGAUUGCAAGUAAAUUAUUUAAUUUAAUUAAUAGGCUACUUAAAUAUUAAUUAGAAUGAUGACUGAAGGAAAAAUAGACUAUAUUCCAAUUAUUGGUUGUACUGCUCAUGAUGAUUUCGAAACAUAAAUUAAAUGUUUGAAGGUUGGUAUGUCACAUGUAGUUACUAAACCUGUAUUUAUAAAGAGUUUACAAGAAGCUUAUAGAUAGAUUAGAGAAGAACAUUAAUAAUAAGAUCAUCGUAGUGUUCAAAUGUCAAAUUCAUUAGAUAAAUAUUGA